CGGGUCACCUCUCCCAGCACCACCCUGGCAUGGUGGCCUCCCAAAACCCACAACAACAAUUGUCACAGCAACAACAACAGACUAACUCUGGGGACCCGGGUACGUUUGGUUCGGACCCAAGUGCUAUGAUGUCCCAGAUAAGUGGGAUGGGGGGCUUGCAUGGCCCAGGGCAGUCGGACAUGUUGGGUAAUAACAACCAGGACCUGGGGACGAACAUUAACCACAACAGUUUAGACAUUAUGUAACCUACUACUAGGUCUGUCUCAGUGGUCUGAAGAACUGCCUUCAUGGGUCUUGCUGGGAUUGAAUGGAAGGGGGAUGGCAGUUUUAAAAGUUAUUUUUAUUUAAUAUUUUUCUGAUGUAUAAAUGAAAAGAACUUAACUUCCUAUGGGAGAUGCAACAUUUUAAACCUACAAGUCAAUAAAUGAAUAAAUUAAACGAAUGGUAAGUUAUUGCUGUUUAUGUUAUAUAUAUAUAUAUAUAUAUAUAUAACAUUUUUGCCAAUUGUGUACAUAAGGUGUAAGGGGUUUCUGGACGUGAGAGUUCUUCCUUAGUAUAUGACACAAGUAAUAUUUUUGGGGACUGAAUUUUUUUGCUUUUUAUUUUUUACAAGUAUUUUUAAGAUUUUCAAUGUGGUGGAAAAAUUACAGUGAGUUAAUACAAUGGACCUUUUUAUCGUUCUGUUUUCCUUCAUAAAACCAGUCAUGAUUGUAUCUGUUUUGCAGAAGUAUUUUUUAAAAAUAUAUAUUAUAAUGAUCAAUAUUUUCGCUGUAUCUACAAACAAACAUCACAACAUAUCUUCCUGCCUUUUUUUGGGGGGGGGGGGCGACUUUUUUUUCUGUAAAUGUACCUUAUGACUGCUACAUUUCACAGAAUAUAUUUUUGAAAAUGACUGUCCAAAAACCGAGAGGAUUGAGAAAGGUGAGUUUUUUUUAUUUUGACUUUUUUCUGGUUUUGUAAUGGGGUUAGAGAUCCAAGUUAAACAGUGUUGUGGGGAGGGUGUUGAACACUGGCUGAUCUCCCUCUUGGACUGUCUCAGGUCGGAAGCUUCCAGUUUUGACGCCCAGAUCUUCUACGCGAGCACCUCUUCCCCCGUGUCUCCCAACUUUUUUUUUUUUUUUUUUCACGAAUGUGCACUCCCCUUUUACCCCCACACUUACUACAGAAUGAUGGAUGGACUUACUGAGGAUGUUGCCUGUUGCCAGCUGAUUCUGAUAGAUUGAUGGCUGUGUGCGUGUGUACAUACAUACAUACAUACAUACAUACAUACCCUCAUGAAAUGAAACACAGGAACGGGGGAUAUGGCAGUGGGGAAUGUGUAGCGGGGUUUGCUAGCUAUAAACUCGCCUCUUUCAUUAAAAAAAAUAUUUUUGUUUUCUUGUCAACAAUGCCGCCCUUUCCCGCCUCUCUUCCUAGUCAUAUCCCCCUUGUCGUCUUUUGGCCUGCACCAUUGGGUGUAAUCUAAUAUUACUGUACAAAGAACUGGACUUUAAUGAAAUGCUGUUUUUGUAAUAAAAUGAACAGCAUAAA